AUGCCGAACUUGCGUGCUUGCCUCUUUUUCAGCCUUGUUUUCGGUUUUGCCGCCUGUCAGUUCGAGAUUCCGACCGGUGAGCACCGUUUUUUGGGGGCAGAGUGCUGAAAAUGUAGAAAAAAUGUGAAUAUUUAAGCGGAAGAGUCAAUUGAGGAGCUGGUGGAUGCCGGCGUUUCCGAGACGGCCGCCGUGGGAAUUGUAAAGUUCGACGCCAAGUUUCAGGUGAGCUUAUUUUCUGAGCAAUGUAUCUUAGUUGCCCGUAGAGAUAUCAAAAAGUGGUCGACUAAUAAAAUGUGCACAAUUUCCUAAGGAGCAUUUUAUUAGUUGACCACUUUUUGCUAUCUUUACCAGAAGCCGAGAUAUAUCGCGUUGAAUAAACGGUAUUGGGGUGCAACGUGUUCCGUGGGACUGUGUCGAAAUACACAAAAAUGUGUUCAUUUCUGGCUUCAAAAAUGAGUUUCUCAUAUCAAAAUUUAUUAGCUAGUAAUUCAACCGAUCUAAAAAGUACAAAACGUUUGCAAAUUUUCAGUCAAACGGAAAAUUUCCCAUCACCUUUCCCUUUUUCCUUCCUCUGAAUCAUUAGUUCAUUCAUUAUUUCCCCAGUGUCUCCCUUUUACACUAAUUGUGUACUUUAUUAGUGGGAGAUUCGAACCGAUGACUAACAAGGCGUCGGCUUAGAAAUAGGCCACUCACAAGGCCGUUCAUAACCACCGUCUACUCAAAAGGAUGUAACUCAGCUGCCGGUAGAGAUAUCAAAAAGUUUUCAACUAAUAAAAAGCUCAAUAUGACAUUUUGAACACAUUUUACUAGUUGGCCACUUUCUGUUAUCCCAACCGACAGUUGAGAUACAUCGCCUCGAAUAAAUGAUACGCUGAUUCCCAUUUCAGGAGCCAUUUGAGCUCGAGAAAAGCGACCCGGAAGCGGCGAAAAAAGCGAUUGAGCAGUUGCACACGGAGUUCAACGAUUACAUUGAGAGCCUGAGUGACGAGGAUCAGGCCGCCUAUCAGCAGUUUAUCAAGAAGAAACACUCGCAAUGA